UGGAGCCAGAAGCCCAGAGACAGCCGAGGGCGCCGUGCGGUCUCCGGACGCUCGCUGCUCAGCCCGAUCCCCGCCAACUGUGCAGGCGGCUGACCCGCAGCGGCAGCGGCAGCAGCGAGGACUCGAGCGCUGGCUGCAGCGAUACCAUGGAUCUCUCCUUUAUGGCCGCGCAGCUGCCCAUGAUGGGGGGAGCUUUCAUGGACUCACCCAACGAGGACUUCAGCACUGAGUACUCCCUGUUUAACUCCUCUGCCAAUGUCCAUGCGGCCGCCAAUGGCCAGGGCCAGCCGGAAGAUCCUCCUCGGUCCUCCAACGACGCCGUCUUGCUAUGGAUUGCCAUCAUAGCUACGCUGGGGAACAUCGUGGUGGUGGGCGUGGUGUAUGCCUUCACCUUCUGAGGACGGCACACCCUGCACCACCAUGGGGUGAGGCUUGGCACGUAGCUCUGACUUGCUGUUGGCCUUUGGCUUCUCCUGUGUUCUAGAACCAGGAGUUUUGACCAGGGGCGGCAGCCGUCCUUCUGGAAUUUCUCCCCAGCAGCCCUGAUUUCAAAUAUCCCAUGUUGUGGUCAAGCUGA